GCCGGGUUCCUGCCAAUCACCUGCCCGACUCUCAGGUGGCGGGGCGCGGCUCGCAGCGUCUUUGGUAACCCGGACCGCUGUGAAGGAGAGGACGAAGGGCAGUGAGCGGUGGGCGUCCUGGGUGGGGGCUGCGGAGGUACUCCGGGGUUCCCAAUAGGGUCCUGGUGGCCGGAGGAGGAGGAGGACGGCAGCCUUCACUCCAGCUGAGAGGUAGCAGACGUCCUUGGGUGCACCUGAAGGACGGGGACAAGGACCAGACGCGGUUCCGGAUGCGGGCGGAGGGGAAAUGACUGCUGGUUCAGUGUGUGUCCCUCAAAUCAUUCCCCUGCGGGUGCCUCAGCCUGGGAAAGCCAACCAUGAAAUCGAUAACAAUACGCUUUUGGAAAUGAAAUCAGACACCCCAGAUGUCAACAUAUAUUAUACCCUGGAUGGCAGCAAACCUGAAUUCCUAAAGAAAAUUGGUUAUGGUGAAAACACUACAUUGAAGUAUACAAAGCCUAUUACUCUGCCUGAUGGAAAAAUACAAGUUAAAGCUAUCGCAGUGUCUAAAGACUGCAGACAGAGUGCCAUGGUAACAAAGGUGUUUCAGGUGGACUAUGUACUGCCAGAUACAGUCCCUUCAAAAGACGAUGUGGAAAAUGUUCUCAAAGACCCUCCAGAGCAGGAACUGAAAAAUGGAUUUGUUGAAUCAAAAGGGAAGAAGAAAUAUAAGAAUGUUGAAAAUAAACUGGGUUGGAAUGUUAACCUUGGAAAGUUUCCAGACGUGGGUGAAAGAACUGACCCUAAAACUUUGAAAGAUCUUCGGUUCUCAGAAAGCCCACGGGAACCCCCAGCUUUCCGUGAAGAAUCAGGCUCUCGACCAGCCACCCAGCAGCCCCAGUUCCCUGGCUUUGCACAUAUAACUGGCCAGAAGAGUUUGACAAGCACAGAGAUCAUGAGGAUUCAAAGGGAGACAGACUUUCUCAAGUGUGCCCACUGCCUUGUGCCCCGCCCGUCUGACCCCUUUGCCCGCUACUGUCUAGAGUGUGGCUCUUCUGUCCCACCCAUAUUUGGCUGUCGUCUCCCACCCCCAGAAGGAGCUCAGAUGGGCUUAUGUGCAGAAUGUGAAAACCUGGUGCCCAUGAACACGCCCAUCUGUGUGGUCUGUGAGGCUCCUCUCACUCCACAGCUGCAGCCACAGGCCAACCUCCGCUUGAAGGAGAAAGUGAUCUGCCGCACCUGCGGCACAGGGAACCCUGCUCACCUGAGAUACUGUGUCACCUGUGAGGGGCCCCUGCCUUCAUCACAAGAGCCUGGCGUUGCAACUUGCUACUCCGUUUGUUAUAAAUGUGGAGCCAGCAAUCACCCAACUGCACGAUUCUGUGGCUCCUGUGGUAUUUGCGUGAAGUCCUUGGCAAGACCUAGUGUGGAGAGCAGCUUGGCUCCAGCUGCUGGAGAACCUGGCCCUUUUGCUGAGCCUCGAUCUGCCUGGCAGCCCCUAAAUGUUCCUUUGCCCAAGCCUGAUGCUGGGCCUAAGAAGGAUGUGGGCACACAGACCACUGGCCUGUUCUACCCGUCUGGGACCCUCCUGGCAAAAAAAGAACUGGAAAUGGCUUCUCAGAAGCAGAGGCAGGAGAAAAUGAGUGACCAUAAACCUCUCCUCACAGCCGUCAGCCCAGGGAGAGGAUACUGGAGAAAACAGGUGGACCAUAUCUCUGCUCACCUCCGGUCUUAUGCUCAGAACAAUCCUGAAUUCCGGGCCUUGAUUGCAGAGCCCAGGAUGGGAAAGCUCAUCUCUGCUACCGUCCAUGAGGAUGGAUAUGAAGUUAGCAUCAGGCUGAAUUAUAUUCAAGUCUCAAACAAGAACCUUUACCUGAACAAGGAGGUGAAUUUCAGCGACCACUUUCUGAGCAGUGUCACCGAGGGAGGGAACGGGCAGUUCGGCAGCGGGUCCAACCUGGUGAGUGACUACAGCCAGAGCACCCCGGACACCACGGAGAAAGUCACAAGGACCAAGAAUUUCAAGACCAAAACGUUUCAAGGGAAGAAGCAGCAGCUUACGCCUGAAAACAAGCUUCUACUGAAGGAAGUCAGACCAGCAGGGGAAGGAAGAGUGUCUGUGAUGGAACAGCUACCUGAUGAAGGAGCAGAUCCCACCUGCAGUGACAACGAAAACCAGCCUGUUCAGAGCCUGGCGGUCACGAACAAGCACCAUGAAGCGAUCCCGGUUCUCGUGCAGAGGGGAGCGGACGUGGACCAGCAGUGGGGCCCAUGCAAUGCAAGCGUUCAGAAGAAGAACGCAAGAGACCAGACAGCGUAUGACCUGGCCCUGGAAACUGGGGAUGACCCCGGCGUCUCGCUCUUUGCUGCUAAGCUCAGCCUGGAUGACCGUUAG